AGGCUGCCACAGGUUCACCCACUGGACACCCCAUAUCUCCCCUCCUUACACGUGCAGAGGAGACACAAAUACAACUGUGACACCUGCUGCUAACUCUACAACAAAACCAUCAUCAGGAGACACAAGUACAGCAACUGUGACACCUGCUGCUAACUCUACAACAAAACCAUCAUCAGGAAACACAACUAGAACAACUGUGACACCUGCUGCUACAACUACAACAAAACCAACAGCAGGGGAUCAAUGCAACCCAAAUCCUUGUGGAGAAAAUUUGGCUAAAUGUAUUGCUCUGUAUUACCACUAUGUUUGCCAGUGCCCCUAUGGAUUCUACUACAGCAACAGUACUUGUCAGACAGGGAAAAUAUUCCCAGGGACUGUUACACUGAAACAAUUUUACUCUAAGGAUGUUGAAGAUGUAAAUUCCGCACUGUAUCUAGAGAUGUUCCAAAAUAUAACAAAUUUUUUUGAGGAUGCUUUUAACUUAACAGACUUCCAACAGACCGUCAUCGUGGAAGUUAAUGUUAGUACAGGAAACGCCAGAAGUGAAAAUUCUGUAGUGAAAGUAACAGUGAUGAACAUAUUUGCGGAAAACACAAAUGAAACCAACACAACAGUUGCUGAAAAAAUAAUGACAGCAGCAAACCAGUCCAGCUACGUGGAUCAGUACAGCAGUACAACCUAUUGUGCUGUUUUUCAAUGUGAUACUAGAACCACAGACUGCCAAGAAAGUAUGUUUCCGCAAUGCACAUGCAAAAGCAAUUUCUCAAAGACAGACUGGGAUGAUCGUUCUUGUUCAGAUUGCAAUAGUGACUGUUCUGCACAAGACAACGAGUACUGUGCCAGAGAAGAUGGGGUUCCACAAUGCCAUUGCAUGACUAACUUUAAGAGGGAGGGCGAAAAAUGUGUAAGCUGUCCAGUGGGCUACUCUGGAGAGAAUUGCAAGAACAAUAGUGAACUCAUCCUUAUAAUAGUGGGCACAAUUUUUGGAGCCAUUAUCCUGAGUUUAGUGGUAGCAGUCUCAAUUGUUUCAGUAAGAGCCAAACGCAGUCAAGAUCCAGAGAAAAAGAGCUUGAUAAAGCCAAAAUAUUCCAGUCCAGAUACCUCUAGUGAGACCAGGAUCUUCCCCAGAGUCCAGACCACUUCUGGCCAUGCGAAUCCAGGGUAUCAGCCAAACCCAUAUGAGGCUCAUUCCUCAAACAGGAGUCAUUUUUUGGAUGGGGAUUAUGAUGAUGUGUAUGAAAUAUCACGGGAGCCUGAGGGCUUAGGAUGCAACGCAGAUGACUAAGUGGCCCAGAGUGGUAGAAGGAUGGAUGACCACCGCAACAGUGGGUCAGACCAAAGAGUUUCACAGCCUCUUACCAAUGCAGUUAUUUCAGCAGCAGAGACAACAAAGUCCUUAACACCAGAUUCUCUGAAGAUUUUCUAAAUGAAGGCUCCUACCUGAAGGAGAAUAGUGGGCAAUAGCUUUCUGAAAUAAAGCAAAAUAAAAUGAAACAGAAGAUAGGGAGAAGAAGACGACCUUGAAAAAAUCUAAAAGGGUCCUGUAAACAUUAAACUCCCUUCAGAAGGCCAGUGCAUUGAUGAGAAAGUUAGUGUAGACAAGAUACCAAGAUUUUAAUCCUGUUAUUAUUCUGUUCUUCUGAAAAAUGGUCCAUGCAACACGUGUGAUGCUGAUAAAUACCAGCUCCUAGAGCUUUGCCUAUAUUUGUGCUCACUCCAUUGCAGCUACACGCUACCUGUGUAGCUGCGGGCAGAUCAAAGCAAUAUCAAAACUGUUCUUCAUGAGAAUCUACCACUCUCUGUACUAUAUAAGAUAGUCUUUUUUCCCCUGCUCAAACCCCUCAGUAUUUCCCACCUGAAAGCAUUCAGUUCAAAUCUCUGCUGACACCUGUUGUGUGAGACAAUGGUACUGUCAGACCUUUUAUGCAGCCUUUUCUUCCAAAUACAACAACAAACCCAGUAACUUCAAACACUUUUUUUUCUCCGUUUUGCAUAAGUACAUCGGUUGGUUGUGGAAAGCAUUACCGUUAUUUUUUUCCCUCUUGCACUCUGUAAGUUUUGAUGGAAUCAUCUUAAGUCUUUAUUUUUCAUUACUUAUGUCACUCAAUAGAUACUGUAAAAAAUCCAUGUUUUAACCUAUUUUUCUGAGUGUGCAUUUGCAUUAUCUGUUUGACUAGCAUUGGCAUUCUUUAUAUAUAUAAUAUACAUAUUGCCCAGAAAUGU